AUGGCCAAUUUGCCCCAAUCCAUUUCCAUGAACGCCGCGUCGUUUGGACCUCCCUCUGCCAACAAGGAACGCAAGAUGGCUUCUGUCGAACACCUCGUUCUCGAACUCAGCAAUCCCGAUCUCCGUGAAAACGCUCUUCUCGAACUCUCCAAGAAGAGAGAGUUGUUUCAGGAUCUCGCUCCUUUGUUGUGGAAUUCAUUUGGUACUAUUGCAGCACUUUUGCAGGAAAUAGUUUCAAUAUACCCUGUUCUUUCUCCGCCAAAUCUUACUCCAGCACAAUCAAAUCGGGUUUGCAAUGCUCUUGCUCUUCUUCAGUGCGUGGCAUCUCACCUUGAAACAAGGAUGCAAUUCCUCAAUGCUCAUAUACCUCUAUAUCUGUAUCCCUUCCUUAAUACCACAAGUAAGUCAAGACCAUUUGAGUAUUUGAGGCUUACCAGUCUUGGUGUCAUUGGUGCAUUGGUGAAGGUUGAUGAUACAGAUGUUAUAAGUUUCCUUCUUUCAACAGAGAUUAUUCCACUGUGCCUGCGCAGUAUGGAAAUGGGCAGUGAAUUGUCAAAAACUGUUGCAACCUUUAUAGUUCAAAAAAUUCUGUUGGAUGAUUUUGGUUUGAAAUAUAUUUGUACUACGGCAGACCGCUUUUAUGCUGUAGGUCGAGUUUUGGCAAACAUGGUGGCAGCUCUUGUAGAGCAACCUUCAUCUCGUCUUUUGAAGCAUAUCAUUCGAUGUUAUCUUCGCCUGUCAGAUAAUCAGAGUGCUUGUGAGGCAUUAAGAUCCUGUCUUCCGGACAUGUUAAGAGAUGCCACAUUCAAUAGCUGCCUUCGUGAAGACCCAACUACUAGGAGGUGGCUACAGCAGUUGCUUCAUAAUAUUGGAGUCAAUCGGGUUCCUUCACUUCAAGCUGCAGGAGGAUUCGAUCAUAUGAUGGUGUCGUGA